GCCGCCGCCGCCGCCGCCGCCGGCCGAGGAAUGGGCUCCGGGCUCUGGUAGGAAGCGAAGGGAGCGGGGGGCGCUUUUAAAACCACCGAUCCGUUUUUUUUUUCUUUUUUUUUUCCCCCCCAAAAAACACCCCCCCCUUUUUUUAAAAAAAAAAAAAAAAAUGGCAAACUCGACGGGGAAGGCGCCGCCGGACCAGCGGAGAAAAGGACUGGCUUUCCUGGACGAGCUGCGGCAGUUCCACCACAGCAGAGGGUCGCCUUUUAAGAAGCUCCCCGCGGUGGGUGGGAAGGAGCUGGAUCUCCACGGUCUCUACACCAGAGUCACUACUUUAGGCGGAUUCGCCAAGGUUUCUGAGAAGAAUCAGUGGGGAGAAAUUGUAGAAGAGUUUAACUUUCCCAGAAGUUGUUCUAACGCUGCCUUUGCUUUAAAACAGUAUUACUUGCGUUACCUUGAAAAGUACGAGAAAGUUCAUCACUUCGGGGAGGAUGAUGAUGAGGUACCGCCAGGCAAUCCAAAGCCACAGCUUCCUAUUGGUGCAAUUCCAUCUUCCUACAAUUACCAGCAACACAGUGUGUCAGAUUAUCUUCGUCAAAGCUAUGGGCUAUCUAUGGACUUCAAUUCGCCAAAUGAUUACAAUAAAUUGGUGCUUUCCCUGUUAUCUGGACUACCAAAUGAAGUGGACUUUGCUAUUAAUGUAUGCACUCUUCUGUCAAAUGAAAGCAAACACGUCAUGCAACUUGAAAAAGACCCUAAAAUCAUCACUUUAUUACUUGCUAAUGCUGGGGUGUUUGAUGACACUUUAGGAUCAUUUUCUACUGUAUUUGGAGAAGAAUGGAAGGAGAAAACUGAUAGAGAUUUUGUUAAGUUUUGGAAGGAUAUUGUGGACGAUAAUGAAGUACGUGACCUCAUUUCUGACCGAAACAAAUCUCCAGUAUUUUCUGUUGCAGAAGGUACAUCACAAGAAUGGAUUUGGGAAUCUCUAUUUCAUCCACCUCGCAAGCUAGGCAUUAAUGAUAUUGAAGGACAGCGGGUACUUCAGAUUGCAGUGAUUUUGAGAAAUCUUUCUUUUGAAGAGGGCAAUGUUAAACUUUUGGCAGCUAAUCGUACCUGUCUUCGUUUCCUGUUACUCUCUGCCCAUAGUCAUUUUAUUUCUUUAAGACAGUUGGGACUUGACACAUUAGGAAAUAUUGCCGCAGAGCUUCUAUUGGAUCCUGUUGACUUCAAAACGACACAUCUAAUGUUUCAUACUGUUACAAAAUGCUUAAUGUCGAGGGAUAGGUUCUUAAAAAUGAGGGGCAUGGAAAUUUUGGGAAAUCUCUGCAAAGCUGAAGAUAAUGGUGUUCUAAUUUGUGAAUAUGUGGAUCAGGAAUCAUACAGAGAGAUAAUUUGUCAUCUCACUUUACCUGAUGUGCUGCUUGUAAUCUCAACUCUUGAGGUGCUAUAUAUGCUCACAGAAAUGGGGGAUGUGGCUUGCACAAAGAUAGCAAAAGUCGACAAGAGCAUAGAUAUGCUAGUUUGCCUGGUUUCUAUGGACAUCCAGAUGUUCGGACCUGAAGCACUUAGUGCAGUAAAACUCAUUGAACAUCAAAGCACCAACCACCAAGUUUUAUCGGAAAUCAGGCCACAGGCUGCGGAGCACGCCCAGUCACCAGCCCAUGGGGCAGCAGUCCCAGCUUCCCGAACAGUUGUAGGGCAGCAUGUUGUUCCACCUCCAGGAAUAGUGGAAAUAGACAGUGAGAAGUUUGCCUGUCAGUGGUUGAAUGCACAUUUUGAGGUGAAUCCAGAUUGUUCUGUCUCUCGAGCAGAAAUGUACUCCGAAUACCUCUCAACAUGCAGUAAAUUAGCUCGUGGUGGAAUCCUAACAUCAACUGGAUUUUAUAAAUGUCUUCGAACUGUCUUUCCAAACCAUUCAGUGAAGAGAGUGGAAGAUCCAAACAACAACGGGCAAGCGCACAUACAUGUCGUAGGGGUCAAAAGGAGGGCUAUACCACUUCCUAUUCAGAUGUACUUUCAACAGCAGCCAGCUUCGACCCCUGUUGUUCGUGUUGAUUCCGUUCCUGAUGUGUCUUCAACUCCUUCACCAGCAGGAAUCCCUCACGGGCCCCAGCCCUUAGGAACCCAUUUUCCGAGGACUGCCGUCACCAACCAAUCUUCAACUCUGACUGCAACACAGAUGUCUUUUCCGAUCCAAGGCGUUCACACCGUGGCGCAGACUGUUUCUAGAAUUCCACACAAUCCUUCGGUUCACACCCAGCAGCAACCAAACGCUACAGUGACUGUCAUACAGAAUAAAGCUCCGAUCUCCUGUGAAGUAGUUAAGGCCACGGUGAUCCAGAGCUCGUUACAGCAGUCAGCGGUCCCUGUGAGUAUCGCCGUCGGAGGCGGAGCGGCACAGGCCUCUCUCGUGCAGAACCACACCGCGGGCCCUCAGCCUGUAACCGUCGUGAGCUCCCAGACGCUACUUCACCAUCCGCCUGUUCUACAGCAGCAAUCUCCACUCCACGCGGUGGUCCCGGGACAGAUCCCCUCGGGCACGCCCGUUACAGUGAUCCAACAAGCCGUGCCUCCCAGCCAUAUAUUUGGCCGCGUACAGAACAUACCAGCAUGCACUUCUGCGGUUUCCCAGGGUCAGCCGUUGCUCACCACGUCACCCCAGCCCGUGGUGCAGACCUCCUCGCCGCAGCCCCCGCCCGGCAGCCAGCAGCAGCAGCAGCAGCAGGACACGGUCCUCAUCGCACCCCAGCAGUACGUGACCACAUCCGCGUCCAAUAUCGUCUCGGCGCCGUCCGUUCAGAGUUUCCAGGUGGCGGCCGGGCAGAUGGUCACCAUCGCUGGGGUCCCGGGGCCCCAGGCGUCCAGGGUGGGGUUCCAGAACAUUGCGCCAAAGCCCCUGCCUUCUCAGCAGGGUCCGUCCUCGGUGGUUCCGCAGCCCAUUCAGCAGGCGACCCCACCCCCCCAGCAGAGCGUAGUGAUCGUCAGCCAGCCGGCCCAGCAAGGUCAGACGUAUGCACCAGCCAUUCACCAGAUAGUCCUCGCGAAUCCAGCCGCCAUUCCGGCCGGCCCGCCGGUCCAGUUAACCGGGCAGCCGAGCGUGACGCCCUCUUCCUCCCCCUCCCCCGGGCCGGCGGCCGCCAGCCAGGUCCCCGCGGUCAUGUCCCCCUCGCCCUCGGCCCCUCAGUCGCAAGGACCGCCGCCCACCGUCAGUCAGAUGCUGUCCGUGAAGCGGCAGCAGCAGCAACAGCAGCAGCAGCAGCAUCCACAUCAUCCACCAGCACCCUCUCAACCGCAGGUCCAGGUUCAGCAGCCCCAGCCGGGCGGCGCGGGGGUGGGUCAGCCCGCGUCGGGGGAGUCCAGCCUGAUCAAGCAGCUGCUCCUCCCCAAACGUGGUCCCUCCACCCCGGGGGGGAAGCUCAUCCUCCCGGCCCCGCAGCUGCCGCCUCCCAAUAACGCCAGAGCUCCGAGCCCUCAGGUGGUCUAUCAGGUGGCCAACAACCAGGCGCCGGGCUUUGGGGUUCAGGGCCAGUCCCCCGCUCAGCAGCUGCUGGUUGGCCAGCAGAACGUUCAGCUGGUCCAGGGCGCCAUCCCUCCCCAGGGAGGGGUCCAGACAGUACCGAUCUCUAAUUUACAAAUAUUGCCUGGCCCGCUGAUCUCCAAUAGCCCAGCCACUAUUUUCCAAGGGACUUCGGGGAACCAGGUCACCAUUACAGUCGUGCCAAAUACUAGUUUUGCGACGGCGACCGUGAGUCAGGGAAACGCAGCUCAGAUCAUCGGUCCCGCGGGAAUCUCUGUGGGCGGACCGCCGGCGGGAGUAGGUCUCCAGGUGCAGACGCUGCCCGCCGCGCAGGCGCCUCCGGCCGGACAAUCACCCUGUGCUGCCGCCGCCGCCGUCGUGGCUACCCCCCCGUUCAAAGGUGAUAAGAUCAUUUGCCAAAAGGAGGAGGAAGCAAAGGAGGCGACGGGUUUGCAUGUGCACGAGCGUAAAAUCGAAGUCAUGGAGAACCCGUCCUGCCGACGGGGCGGUGCGAACACCAGCAAUGGGGACACGAAGGAGAGCGACGUCCAGCAGGCGGGAAGCAUUUUAAAUGGGAGAAAGUACAGUGACUCAAGUCUACCUCCUUCAAACUCAGGGAAAACUCCAAAUGAGGCUAACCAGUGCUCGCAGAUCCGUAACGGGCCAUCGUUAGAACUGGGGGAGAACGGCGCUCCCGGAAAGCAGGUCGUGGAACAGAUGGACACGCAGGAGAUCAGAGGUGAUCUGAAGAAACCUCUGGUCAACGGCAUCUGUGAUUUUGAUAAGGGGGACGGUUCUCAUUUUAGCAAAAACAUUCCAAAUCACAAAUCUUCCAACCACGUAGGAAACGGGGAGCUGUGUCCCGCCGAACAGCAAGGGGAUUCAGAUGCCAUUCAGCAAGAUACUGCCAAAGGUGACCAAGUGGAAAGGAUUUCCAAUGGACCUACGUUAACUUUGGGUGGUUCGCCGGCUGGCGGCGGCAUUCCGGAGGCUGCGAAUCUGGCGACUCAGCAGCCUGGCGGUCCCAACACUGAUUUAUCGAACGGGCCUUUGGUCUCGAGUUUGAAUUCAGACGUGCCUCAGCAACGCCCGAGCGUAGUCGUCUCACCACACUCUACGGCCUCUGUUAUACAGGGGCAUCAAAUCGUUGCAGUCCCCCACCCGGGACCUAGAGCGUCCCACGCUCCCCUGGCGUCGGGAGCUCGGUCGACGAACGGCACGGCAGAAUGCAAAACCGUCAAGAGGCCGGCGGAGGAGAACGAUCGAGAGACGGUCCCGGGCAUCCCAAAUAAAGUAGGAGUUAGAAUCGUCACAAUCAGCGACCCCAACAACGCCGGCUGUAGCGCCACGAUGGUCGCUGUGCCGGCGGGCGCAGAUCCCAGCACUGUAGCUAAAGUAGCAAUAGAAAGCGCUGCUCAGCAAAAGCAGCAGCAUCCACCGACAUAUGUCCAGAGCGUGGUGACGCAGAGCACACCUGUGACGCCUACAC